GGGCAUGCAACUAAUAGAGAAUGGAGCAAACGGCUUAGAAGAGUCUUAUCAGGAAAAAUCAGAAACCAUAAAUCAGUUUACACAGACACUCUAUACUGAAGAAGCCAAGUCUACACAGACACCAUAUGAUUCUGAAACCCAGAUCGUGAUAGAGACCUUUGUGUCUGAUUCAGAAAUUACUCUUACAGCUCCUUCUCUUAAAACAUGCAAGGAAAUUCAAAUUCAACAAGCUGCCCUGUCAUUGAAUGAUGCUUUUGUCGAUUCUGCUUCUGCCAUUUUAUUACGCCUACCAAUGACAUCAAUAACAUAUCUCCACAUCAACAAGACACCUUUAUCUCAUGACAGUGUGCAUUCUAUCAUUCAAUUGCUGCAGAGGCUUAAGGCUCUUCGUCUUACAGAUGUCGCUCUUCCUCCUACCAGUUUGAGCUAUAUCCUCAAUGUCCUGUUGACUAAUGAGUCAUUAGAAGAAUUCACCAUUCAAUUUAACAGCCAAAUGUUAUUGCCUCUCUCCUCCACAAGCUCUGCUUCUUAUGCACAAGCUAUUUCGGAUGUUAUUCAAAGCAACUCGACUUUACAGUACUUCUCUGCUCUUGGCCUAAGGCUCGAUGAAGCUGGGGUGGUAAAAAUUCUACUUGCUCUUGCAAGGAGGAACAAUAGUCUUCGACUGCUCACCCUGGACCAGUCUCAUCAAGCAACUGCUUACAAUUUCUCUCAAGCUAACGGUUCCAUUAAAGACAGACUGAGCUUUUCGUAACUGAUUUUGUUGCUUUUUGUGGUGCUGUCUAUCAAUUAUGGUAUAUUGUAUUAUUGUAUAUUAAUUAUUGUAUGUUAUUAGUAUAGCUACUACUAGACUUUUUGUUGCUGUGUGAUACCUCAUUUAUAAAAGUUACUAUUAGACUCUUUGUUGCUGCAUAUAUCAUUUUGAUGCUGUGUGCAUGUAUCUUUAUAAA